UAUCAUCCAGAAACAGCUCAAGCAUGGCACCCAAGAGAGCGAAGCGGAGAGCAGAGGGAGCCAACUCCAAUGUGUUCUCCAUGUUUGAACAGGCUCAGAUCCAGGAGUUUAAAGAGGCCUUCACCAUCAUGGACCAGAACAGAGACGGUUUUAUUGACCAGAACGACCUGAGAGACACAUUUGCAGCUUUAGGUCGGUUAAAUGUCAAGCAGGAAGAGAUCGAUCAGAUGCUAAAAGAAGCACCAGGUCCAAUAAAUUUCACUGUGUUCCUCACCAUGUUUGGAGAGAAAUUAAAAGGUGCCGACCCUGAGGAGACCAUCCUCAAUGCUUUCAAGGUCUUUGACCCCGAGGGAAAGGGAACGCUAAAGAAAGACUUUGUGACUCAAAUAAUGACGACCCAAGCAGACCGGUUCUCUCCAGAAGAGAUGCACCAGAUGUUUACUGCAUUCCCUCCAGAUGUGGCAGGAAACUUGGACUACAAGAAUUUGGUCUACAUCAUCACACACGGCGAGGAGAAGGAUCAGGAGUAGACUAUCUGAACGAUGCCGAUACAGUCCACAAUUCAGCGAGUCCGCUUUGCAGCUGGUGAUUAAAUAAAAGUU